AUGUUUAUUGUAGUGUUAUCAAUUGAAAUACAGUCAUUGACAGACUCAAAUAUAAUAAUUGCUAAUCAAUCGGGUGAUUUUAAUUCUAUAAAUACAUGGAGUAAUAAUAUUAGACCACAAAAUAAUUCAACUGUAAUAAUUCCUUCAAAUAUUACUGUCUAUAUUAGUAAUGAAUCAUAUUUGAAUGUCAAUAUUCAAUCAUUUAAAAUUUAUGGAAAAUUACAAAUCGGUUCUCCAAAUAUUUCAUUUUUAACAACAUCAUUUAAGUUUUCAUAUUCAAUCAAUAUAAUGAUAUUUAAUGGAGGAUUAUUAGAAGAUUUAACUUCAAAUCAUACAUGGUUUAUUUUAUCAAAUUCAAUAAUAACUAUUUAUAGAAAUGCUUCAUUCUAUUCUUCACAAUCAACGAAAAUUAUUUCAACUUCAACUAAUUCAACUCUUAUAUUGAGUUCAACUAUUUAUGGUCCAUAUACACUAACAGUUGAUUUACAAGGAACAAUUCAAAAUUAUUCAUCAAUAACAUUUCUUCCUUAUCAAUCAGGUGACUUUGGACUAAAUGCUACUUGGUUAGGUGGAUUAUUACCUACAUUAGAUCGAUGUUCACCAACUGAUGGUGGAUGUGUUUUGAUUAUUCCAGCUGGUUUCAAAGUAACAAGAUAUAAUAAUCAAUCGACAAUAAAUGCUGUUGAUGUUCAUAUAUAUGGUUUCUUUGAAAUAUCUUCUUCGGAAAGUUAUAUGUUUUAUUAUUCAAUGACUUUUUAUAUUUAUAACGGCGGGACAUUUCAAGAUUCAACGCAAAAUGGUUUUCGAUUUCAUAUAAAUACAUCAAUUAUUGUUUAUACUGGUGGAACAUUUAUUACACGAACUACAAAUGCCAUUUACUCAUAUAAAGAAAAAAAUGUUACCAUAUCAUCUUUGAAAUUAAAUAAAACUAAUAUUACUGGUCCUUAUAAAAUUUCCAUCGAUAUAAAUGGAAAUAUUGAUGACAAUGGAUCUUUAUUUACGUCGAAAGCAACAACAACAACAACAACAACAACAACACUCACAGUUCCGACAAAUGAUACACUUACUUGUUACACAUGUAUUGAUUGUGAUGAACCAUUUAACUCCAAUAAUGUAGCAACGGUAACAGUGCCUGCUAAUCAAGGAUAUUAUUGCCGAAAAUCAUCAAUAUUAACCGUCAUCGAUCGAGAUGUGUCUGAAUGGUGUGUUCAAGAUAAUGUAAAUGGCAAUGGUUUAUGGUGUUGUCAAUCAAAUUUUUGUAAUCAUGCUAAGUCGAUGACUUUAACAAGUUUUCUUAUUUAUCCUUUAGUUUUGAUCUUAACAUUGAAACUCUUCUAA